CUGAAGAUUUAACAUGGCACAGUAAAAAAACGUGUUCCCUCAUAAAGAAGGCAUUAGUACAAACCAAUGAAGAGAUCGGCUGUUUUUGGGAUGAAUGAGAUGGAUUGUUGACUCCAUGUGGAAUAAUAAUAAACAGAACAAGUAGUCAGAAAUGUGUCCCACCCAUUUCGAUUCAAUGCACGAAACUGCAUGCCCAUUUCACUCCAAGGCAGGUAAUUGCCUACCCAUUUCAGUCCGAGGCGUGAAUUGUUGCAGAAUUAGCAGCAGAACAAGCAUGGCAUACACACAAAAGAUACCGAUUUAGUAAAGUGGUUGUCAUUAUUUAAGGCCCUCGGUGUUUUGUUGUGUUGUUGGGAAUCUGGGCUUGAUCUAGGGUUGGAAUGAUGAAGUGCUUGUUUUUCAAUGGAGACCAGACGAAGGAUGAUGAAUCACCGUUCCAAAGAAGAAAAGCAUCAUGUUCUUCCUUCUCUGAUAUUGAGCAGGUGAGGAUUAAUUCUGAUAGGAUUGCAGAUGAUGUGAAAAUUGAUCCCCCAGAUGAACCCAGUAAUAUUAUAAAGAUCUCUUCUCAGAAACCCAUCAAUCUCAGGGUUUUUACCUUUGCUGAGCUGAGGUCUGCUACCAGGAAUUUCAACAGAGGGCUUAUGGUCGGAGAAGGUGGAUUUGGUUGUGUUUACAAGGGCUUGAUCAAGAGCCUCGAUGACCCACAAACUAAAAUUGAGGUAGCAGUGAAAAGACUCAACAACAAAGGAUUACAGGGCCACAAGGAGUGGCUGACGGAAGUGCACUUUCUUGGACUUGUUGAGCAUCCCAAUUUAGUCAAAUUGGUAGGUUAUUGUGCUGAAGAUGAUGAAAGAGGUAUUCAGCGGCUCUUGGUCUACGAGUUUAUGCGUAACAAGAGCCUUGAAGACCAUUUGUUUAGUAGGGCACUACCAGUUCUGCCAUGGCCCGUGAGACUAAAGAUAGCCUUGGGUGCAGCUUGUGGUUUGGCUAAUCUGCACGAGGAAUUGGAUGUCCAGAUAAUCUUUCGUGAUUUUAAAUCAUCUAAUAUACUUUUAGAUGAGAAUUUCGAUCCAAAAUUGUCAGAUUUUGGAUUGGCUCGGCAAGGACCAACUGGAGGGAUCAGCCAUGUGUCCACAGCGGUUGUUGGCACUGCAGGAUAUGCAGCCCCAGAAUAUGUUCAGACGGGGCAUCUUACGGCAAAGAGUGAUGUUUGGAGCUUUGGAGUAGUGUUGUAUGAAUUGCUCACAGGAAGAAGAUCCGUGGAUAAGAAUCGUCCAAAGCAUGAACAAAAACUUCUUGAGUGGGUGAAGCCAUUUUUAUCUGAAAGCAAAAAGUUUCGUCAAAUAUUGGACCCAAGACUGGAGGGGAAAUAUUCUCUUAGAGAAGCACAAAAGAUUGCUUAUCUGGCCCAUAGAUGUUUGGUAAAACAGCCGAAAUCCCGUCCUAAGAUGAGUGAGGUGGUAAAACAAUUGAAGCGUAUAGUUGAAUCCUCUGAACCACUAAGUCCUCAAUCCAUUGCUGCUUCUCCAAGGACUGAAAGAUGCACUGCCAGUGUGAGUAAGGAAAAUGAAAAGAAACCAGUCUGUUCUAAGAGGCAUUUUCUUCUUUUGAAACACAUUAUUAAUCUUAGAAGCAGAAAGAAGGUCACAACACUAAAUGGGCAUGGAUCCCCAGGGAAGCAAGAGAAAUCAUGAUUAAUUGGUGAUUAUCUUUUUUAACAGUGGCAAUAUGUUCUAACUUAUCACCCUUACAAGAAAAUAUGGUUUAUCUAUGUAGACAACGUAUCUUGUAAAUUGUUUAUCUUAGAUACUCAAUGAGUAUCUAAGAGAUCUAAUAAAACACAACCCCAGCAAAAUCAAAGCAAACAAUGCAGGUAAUUGAGAAAAAUGAUUUCCAUUGAAGAAGAAAGCUAAAAUGUCUGUGGCAACUGUGUGUCAGUGUGACUGAUUCAGAUUUAUAAGGCUUGUAUGUAAUUAUAGAUGUUACAGUUAACAUGGCAAUCGAUGCCAUUGUUCUUUUUCCAAAGGACUUAAAAGAAUAUUGUCAUACUGAUUUCAAAGGAAAGUGAUUUUAUGCACGCCAAAACUUUAUUAAGACAAACUGAAUUUUUUUAA